UUGGUUACCGCCAAGUUCCGCCGUGCAUGUGAUGUAUCCGACGGGAAAAAAUGGCCAAGUCUCGAGGUUGAACGAAAGAAUGACAUGACAGGCGAGGUGUACCUAACACCAAAUUUUGAGGCGACCGUGAACGACGACCAUAAUCGAGUGAUCUUCAACAAGAUCGCGCAUCUUGUCUGGGAGGAACUUAGAAGCACGGCCCUUAGCGAUUCCCUGAGCAACCGCAAGGUCAAAUGGAAUAAGCAAUCGUUGUUCACGUUUGCUAAAGACACGUACCGUGGAUUCAAGGAGGAGUGGAAAGCGCAGAAUGACCGCGAGAAGGCCGCAGCUAAAAACAACAACCAGCAAAAGAAUCGCUGGAGUCAGCGUCGUAAAGAGAAAGCCAACCGGUUGACAACAGCAUGUCCGAAGUACCUCGAACUUCAUGGCGCGGAUCCCAUCAACAUCAUCCACGCGGAUCAUAUGUCAGACGAGGCAUCUGGACCUGAAGACGAUGGUGAAUCAGUCGACGAGUGGAGGAUCAAGAUGGGAAAGGAAAAGGGCUUUCCAGCGGAUACAGACAUGGACGGUAUGGUGUUCAUGGAAGUCGUGAAAAAUCCUUGGAGAUCACAGGAGCUCGCUGACAUAUAUCACAGACUCUUCCAGCUGUGGAAAGAAUCCCUCAAUACCAAGCAACGUAAACGAUUCCGCACGUUGCGGGUUGAAGGAACUGACCGAACGCUGCUUCGUAUCCCCGAUUACACGCCCUACAACUUCGGAAUAGAUGCGGAGUGGCUCGAAGAGAACAAGAACCACCCAGAGUAUCAGGUGCAACUGAAGGAGUGGGGUGAUUGGGCGGAUCCACCUGGAUUUGGAUCCGCAAAGAACGAUACAGACAUUGCGGAAGGUAGCGGGCAAGAUCAUGAGGAAGUUUAG